AUGAUAAUAUCAGACCUUCCAAGGGAUUUAUUAGAGGAGAUACUAUGUCGUGUUCCGGCCACAAGUCUGAAGCGAUUACGACCUAGUUGCAAACGAUGGAACAGUUUGUUCCACGAUAGGAGAUUCACAAGAAAGCAGUUUGAUAAAGCUGCAAAGCAGUUUCUCAUUCUCAUGUUAAAGGAGUCUAGGGUUUGUUCGAUGAGCGUUAAUCUCCAUGGAGUUCCAUCUGUAGAGGUCACAGGUGAACUUAGCCUAGUCGACCCUCUUUCUAGUUCAUAUGAUCAAUUCGAGAUUAAUCAAGUCUCUCACUACGACGGCUUAUUGUUAUGCACCAACGAAUACAACACUAGGAUCGUGGUUUGGAACCCGUGUACUGGUCAAACCAGGUGGAUCCAGCCCUGUAAUCGUUGCAACCACUACGCUUUUGGAUCCUACCAAGACAACAAAUCCCACGAUCAUAGCUACAAGAUACUGGGAUAUGGUGGUGGCUUCAACAACAAGGAAUUGGCAGUUUGUGAUAUUAACUCUAAUUCAUGGAGGACUCUUGAUAUCACUAGUGACGGCCUCCUACAAUAUGCUGAUUACGGAGCGUCUCUCAAGGGAAAUACUUACUGGUUUGCUUCUGAUGAAGAAGAGAAACAACUCGGCAUGUUUUUAGUCAAUUUUGAUUAUACAACUGAAAGAUUUGGACGUCUACAUCUUCCGUACCAGUGCCCUCGUUAUGAAACUAUAUCUCUAUCCGUUGCUAGCAAAGAUAAGCUUUCGGUGUUAUUACAGCGCGAAGAUACAUCAAGGACAGAGAUAUGGGUGGCAAAUCAAAUUGUUGAAACCAAAGUGGUGUCGUGGAGCAUGGUCUUAGCAGUGGAUAUGAAGCCUAAACUUAAUCUGUGGGAUGGCAUAAGCUUCUUGGUCGAUGAGGAGAAAAAAGUUCUCGUGUGUUGUGAUAAAUACUUCGGAAAAGAUGAUCAUAAAUUCGAAGGCAAAACCUUGGUUCACAUUGUUGGAGAGGACAAUGAAGUUACAGAAGUGGAUUUCGGAGCAGUCAAAUUAGCUUGGCCAUUUUUGUUUAAUUAUGUUCCAAGUUUGAUUCAAAUUCAGCAAGCUGGUGUGGGAGGCAAAAGAAAAAGAGACGAAUAA